AUGGAUUUGAUUGUUAAGGUAGGCUUGUCUAAGACAAUUGCCAAUGUGGGACCUUUUUAUCCACAACUAAUCAAGGAGUUCAUUGUGAAUUUGCCUUCAAAGUUCAAUGAUCCAAGCAGUCUUGACUAUCAGACUGUUCAUAUUCGAGGCUCUAUGUUUAAGAUUUCUCAUGGUUUUUUGGGAAACACUAUGGUGUCUGGCUCUCAGUCUUUGCAUCCAUCUAAUGAUGAAUUGGCUCCUGUCUCAUCUGGAGGUAUAUUGUCAAUUUGGCAGGUGAAUGAGAUUCCAGCUUUAUCUCUUAGUGUUAAAUAUGUCAUACUCUAUAUGAUUGACAUUACAAAAUGGCUUCCUUCCUUGCAUGCAUCUACUGUUUCUGUGCCUCUAGGAACAUUAUUUAUGUAUCAAAUUUCUAAUGAUGAAUCUGUUGAUAUUGGUCUUUUUAUAUAUAAUCAGUUGUUGAGGCAUGUUGGGAGGCUUGGUGUGAAGAUUCCAAUUCCUCUACCUCGGUUUUUCUCAAGCUUAUUGAUUCAUCUGAACUCUGAUAACAUGACUGCUAAUGAUGCCUCUGGUCCUAAUUCGAAGACCUUGUCUUUAAGUUAUAGGCUAUUUCAAGGUAGUCAUGUUCCUAAUUUAGAACAUGACAUGCGACCCUCCGGAAACCCUCUUGCGUUCGAUAUCGAUACUGAUGAUAUUGAUGGUUCUGCUGAAGGAUUUCCUCGUGAUUUAGCCUCAAGAUUUAUCAACAGUCUCACGGUUGAAUCUCGAGCUCUCUCUACAUUUGUCAAUUUGUUACCUGAUAGAAGAUUGGAGGUGAAUUCUCUUGUUCGUCAUCUCAAAACGCUUAUUCCUUCUUCGAGUGUAGCUGAUUAG